GUUGAUGAACAGGAGUCUAAUUUAAGCCGCAAAAUUAAUUUCCGGGGAACAAUUCUCGUGCUUUGUUUUGGACUUUAAUCGCUGACCUGGUACACCUGCCAUCUUUACAACAACGCGCUAGAGUCAACGUACGUGGGUCGACAAAUGGAACUCCCAAAGUCAAACUCCUAGUUCCCCAAAAGUCUCUCACAUUACUUUUCUAUCAAAUUUUCUUUUUCUCAUCAACAGCAUCGUUCUUCUGUCUCUCUCUCUCUCUAUAUAUAUAUAUAUAUAUAUACUUCUUCUUACCCCUCCAAAACACUUAUUACAAGCCUAUAAACUCUCAGAGGCCUCAAAGCUCCUCUUUCUCUUUCACGCCAUCACUCCCCAAAAAAAAAAAAAAUUUUUUUUAAAUAUUCCUUCUAUAUUUUCUUGAGAAACAAACAGAAUCAUUAUUCUUAUUUCACUCUCAUUUUAUAACACAUUGCAGCAAAUGCCUAGAAAGGGAAUGAGGAGCCUUUGCUUUGGUUCCAAGUCACCGUCUUUCUCCAUAUCCCGCCACGGUUCGCCUGCCAGAACCUCCGUCUCCACACCUCCCCGGCAGAGCUUCUCCGACGCCAUGAUCGAUCAGAGCAUAGACACCGCGGCGGCGAUGAUCAUGAAGUGGAACCCCCAGUCUUCCGCCUACGCCAGAGUUACUUCUCUAUUCUACGAGAACAAAAGAGAAGCUCAUAGAUUCAUCAAGUGCGUUAACGAUCUACAGAAAGCCAUGCAUUCAUUGGUUGCCGAGGACUCGUCCUCCGAUAGACUUGUUUAUGCGCAGAGCUUGAUGCAGAUUUCGAUGAAGAGGCUUCAGAAAGAGUUCUAUCAGAUUCUAUCGAUGAAUAGAGCACACUUGGACCCUGAAUCGGUCUCAACUCGAUCCUCACGUGCCUCAACAAGGUCAAGCACCUCCGAUUACGACGACGAAGGUGCUACCGAUGACGAGAUCAAAGCUGCCGGAGAUUCCAUUACCGAAGUCGAACAAGUCUCUUCCAUUGCGAUGGCGGACUUGAGGUCGAUUGCAGAGUGUAUGAUCUCUGCAGGUUAUGCUAAAGAGUGCAUAAAUAUCUACAAGGUAAUAAGAAAAUCAAUAAUAGACGAAGGGAUUUAUAAACUUGGUGUGGAAAGGUUGAGCUCGUCGCAAAUCAACAAGAUGAAUUGGGAAGUUCUUGAGCUCAAAAUCAAGAACUGGUUGGAAGCGGUGAAGAUUUCGAUUCGAUUGCUCUUCACCGGAGAGCGCAUUCUUUGCGACCACGUCUUCGCCUCCUCAGAUUCCAUCAGAGAGUCUUGCUUCGCCGACAUAGCCAAGGAAGGCGCUCUGCUGCUGUUUGGAUUCCCGGAAAUUAUAGCCAAGAGCAAGAAAUAUUCUCCCGAGAAAAUGUUUCCCGCGCUCGACAUGUACACCGCGAUUUCCGAAAACUGGCCGGAGAUCGAAUCCAUCUUCGCAUUUGAAUCAACCGCCACCGUCCGAUCCCAAGCCAUCAAUUCUCUCAUCCGCCUAACCGAAUCCGUAGUUUCAACGCUAUCGGAUUUCGAAUCGACGAUCCAGAAAGACUCAUCAAAAUUACCGGUACAUGGCGGUGGGGUCCAUCCUCUCACAAUCACGACAAUGAACUACCUCUCUCUCUUAGCCGACUACAGCAACAUACUCGUCGACAUUUUCAACAGCUGGUCUGCGCCGGAGAAAUCAUCUCUGCCGGCAUCUUACUUCGACAGUCCAGAUGCCGAUGAAUCUCCAUCUUCGGCGAUCUCUGUCCGACUGGCUUGGCUCAUCCUUGUCCUCCUGUGCAAGCUCGACGGCAAAGCGAAGCAUUACAAAGACGUCUCGCUUUCCUACCUCUUCCUCGCCAACAAUCUCCAACACGUCGUCUCCAAGGUCCGUACAUCGAACCUCCAGUACCUUCUCGGAGAAGAAUGGAUCGCGAAGCAAGAAGCCAAAGUCAGAAAGUUCGCGGCGAAGUACGAGCAGUUAGCCUGGGGAAAGGUCUUCCAAUCGUUGCCGGAAAAUCCGUCGGCGGUGAUGUCGCCGGAGCAAGCCAAGCUGGUUUUCCGAGGGUUCAAUCUGAGCUUCCAGGAAGCGUAUCGGAAACAGAGAUCGAGUGUCGUGCCGGACAGAAAACUGAGAGAGGAAAUUAAAUCGUCCCUCGGAAAGACAAUCGAGGAGAUUUACAGGCAGUUUUACGAUACGCAUAGGCCUACGAUUGGGGAUGAUAGACAUGCAAGGGUGUUUGUCAAAUAUGCCCCUGAAGAUGUUGGAAAUUACUUGUCGGGACUGUUCUACGGCACGACGGAUAUGGAUUUCGAAUUCGAUUUCGUAUCCUCAUCUCCUUCUUCUUCGUCGUCGUCUUCUCGACGGCGACAUUGGCGGUUUAUUUGAGUUUUUUUUUUUUUUUUUUUUAAAGGCGAUUUUUGUAUUUAGUAAGUUUUGAUCGGAGUUUUUUUACCGAUUUUUGUGGAGGUGUACAUUUAAGACUUUUUCUUUUCUUUUUUUGGUAAUAAAAUUAUAUGUGGUCGCGAAUCGCGAUGGUGUAAAAAUACACAGCAGUUAAAUAACGACUUUUCUUGGGUAUUCAAUAA